AUGCUGCCAUCACAAUUUUCUCCAUUACGUGAAUGUUCAAUUGACAUUCAUCCGAAUGCUCGAUGGCAACAGAAUGGUAUCACUGUUGCUGGAGGAAAUGGAGAAGGCAAUGGAAUCAAUCAACUCUCUUGUCCAUGGGGUUCGCAUGUUGAUGAUGAUCAAACUGUCUAUGCUGCUGAUACGGUGAAUCAACGUAUUGUGGAAUGGAAAUUGGGCACAACGAAUGGUCAAACGGUUGCCGGUGGAAAUGGACAAGGAAAUGGGGGCUCAUCAAUUGUCUAA